AGUAUAAAGAAAUCAACCAAUUUCAAUCGAGUAUUAGACUUUCCGUAAUCCCUCUACUUUUGUCUAUAAAACUUAAAACACAACAUCGAAAAAUUUCAUAAAGAUAAAAGUUUUACGGUAUAUUUCUUUUGGACAACCAAUCACAAAUAAUCAUAUAGUACACGCUUUAGUUUGAAACUUAAUACCAAAAGUUAGUAAGGUUAUGUAUUAACGUUGUUUGUUUAGAGAAAUGAGCGAUCAUAAUCAAUGUUGUGAUACGUUUGAUAACUUUGAAAAUGAAAUAUUUGAAAAUGAAAGUGUUAAAAAAAGUGAUGAACUACUCAUUGAUGCUGUGAGAGCAUAUCCACAUCUUUAUAACUACAAAGAUCCUAAUUUUAAAAAUCAUUUGAUGAAAAAAAAUUCGUGGAAAGAAAUAACCUUAACAGUAAAUAUACCAGUUUCUGAGUGUCAGAUCUGAUGGGUAAGAUUUCGUGAAAGAUUCGGAAAAGAAAAACGUCAAAGAGAGUUAGAUUUAAAGAAUGGCAAUGGAAUUAGUCAACGUAAUAUUUUCACAUAUUACGAAACUAUGUCAUUUCUGAAUGAUCGUAUUAAAAGAAGAAAAUAAGUUUAUGAAUAAAUAAUACAAAUCAAUGUUCUGCUUUACUGCUAUAUAUUUGAUAUCAAAUGUUAUACGUCUUCCUUAGAUCUUAUACAAAUGUCUUAAAUUUAAAACAUCCAAUCACAUACAUGUAUUUCAUUGUCUGAUUCUUCGUCCACAAAUAAAAAAGACGACCAAAAAAUGAAUCUUUCAAUGGAUAGUACAAUUAUUAAAAAUACAGAGUCUCCAAUCUUCAAAACUACCUCACAAUUCUCAAAUAUAACAGAUGAAAUACCAA